AUGGCGGUGAACGCUUCGUUCGUCGCUGAUGAUCUCCCCCCUCUCCCGUCGUACGUUCUAACGCCACGGGAACCGCUCUUUCCGCCGGUUCCAGACAAUAUCGUGGCAUUGAUACUGCCCAUCCUCGCCUACUGGGGCGUGUCUAUGAUCUUCCACUGCAUCGAUGUCUACGACUAUUUCCCACAAUACAGACUGCACACGCCAGCCGAGCUGCUCAAACGGAAUCAUGUUUCUCGCGCUGACGUCGUCCGAGAUGUUAUUCUGCAACAGGUGAUCCAGACCAUUGCCGGGUUCAGCGUCACCUAUUUCGAUGGCCCGGAGUGCAUCGGCAGAGAGGAAUACGAUGUCGCGGUUUGGGCACGACGCAUUCGCAUGACCCAGAGAAUCGUUCCCGGCUUCUUAGGGCUUUUAGGCGUUGAUUCGCUUGGACUGUCAAAGAACCUAUCUAAUUUCCCCGCCUUGUCCGCGGCUCUGGCAGGAGGAUUCUACCCGGAUUUGUGGCAGACUUCGGUUUUGGAGAACGGGCGUGAAAUAGUCACUCCGGCUUUUGCUGGCUGGGAGCUUACUUUGGCCCAGUUCAUAUACAGUUAUUUCAUCCCAGCAUUGCAGUUCCUGAUUGCCAUUCUCAUUGUCGAUACAUGGCAAUACUUCUGGCACCGCGCUAUGCAUCUCAACCGCUGGCUUUAUGUUUCUAAACGCGCAGCAGUGAAAUUCCACUCCCGUCACCACCGCCUUUACGUGCCGUAUGCCUUUGGCGCUCUGUACAACCACCCAGUGGAGGGGUUUCUGCUGGAUACUGCGGGCGCCGGUGUGGCAUUCCUUAUCACCGGACUGACCCCUCGCCAAUCAAUGUGGUUUUUCACAAUGUCGACCAUCAAGACCGUUGAUGAUCACUGCGGCUAUCACUUCCCAUGGGACCCACUCCAGUUAAUAACAUCGAACAACUCCGCGUAUCACGACAUUCACCAUCAGAGCUGGGGAAUCAAGACAAAUUUCUCGCAGCCAUUCUUUAUUUUCUGGGAUCGUCUCAUGGGCACUCGUUGGGAGGGAGACGUCACAUUGAGAUACGAGCGGGCCCGUGCAGCGGCCGAAAAGCAGGUCGAGCGCGAACGACAGGAGAACAACGGGGAAGACAUUAAUUGUGUGCUCGAUUCAGAGCCCGGUCCAUUGGAUGCCGGCUCUGAGGACAUGUCGAGUCAGGAGAAGCCUCCCUUGAAGAUCAUCCCUCGAGCUACGCGUUCAGCUUCGAGAAGAGUGCACGGCGUGAAUGGUAGUAUUCGCCAGAAAUAA